CGGAACAUGUCACCUAAUCUGGUCACUCUUAUGCCCACAAGGUAUUUCUGUAUUCUCGAGAGGUUUGAAGCUGGGUUUGCAGGCUUGGUGUUCUUCAAAUGUUCUGCCAUUCAGGGUUCUUUAGUUGAAGGUUUGGAGAGGAGUGAGAGCCGAGGGAGAGACGAAGGCAAAGGCAAAGGCAUUCCUUUUCAGAUAUCAGAUAAUGUGGAAAAGUUUGCUGCGGAUCUUUUGUGUUGCCACCUUACACAGCAACGUCGUAUUCAACUCCGUUCACCAAAAACAAAGUUAGAGCAUGUUUGUUGGUAUGCUUCUUAAAUAGUCUCUCUAUGGUUGGCCAAAGUCAUCAUGAAACCCUUGCUUUGAACAUAAAUA